AUGUGUAUUAUCUUCCUGCAGCCCUCCCUCCCCAACACCAUGCCCACCUCCACCACCACCACCACCACCACGGUCGUCACGGCCUUCCACAUCUCCAGCACCAUCCUUAUUUCUACCCCCAACAAAUAUGCCUUCUUCACCGCCACCUGCAUCCCAGCUCCCAUCCAGCCCUCCACCUCCGCAUCUUUUCAGCCCUCCACCUCCUUCACCUUUCCAGCUCCCGUCACCCACGCCAUCAAUCUUACCACCCUCACCGCCGGUGCCAGAGCCUCCUGUAUCAAAACCCCCAAGCCCGCCAUUACCCACUGCAUCAAGACCACCAUCCCCAGAACACCCAAGGCUCCCAAACCCGUCAGCCCACCACCUCCAUCCCCAGGAGGGAAUUCCAUCUUGGCCAACGACUUCCCCUUCCUGGAUUGCAAGGGAAGUACUGCCACUUCACCGUACCGCAUGUCAUCCCUUUCGGGCCCCUUCAAUGUCACGAGCUUCACAGCCACCUACUGUUUUACAGCGGCCCUCAGCAGUUCCCCGGUACCGGACAGCUCAUGCAGCUCAACGACCGUUGACAAGAUCGCUUUCAUUCUCGUGGCAAGCCCUACUGGCUGUACACAACACAGUUUUCCUUCUUGGAGUGCAACAUUUGGAGUGGAAUACCGCAAGAAGUCGUGGGGGUAAAGGAGCGUGUUGACUGGUUGUUGAGUAGACCUCUACCCGAAGGAGCGAUAAUAAUGGCACUAAGAGAGCGUUUGAUGAGUGGCUGGGACCAUACGCGUCUGACUGUCUUGCCAGAGGAGUACCCAUCAGAUGGGAAGCAACCGGGAGUGCAAAUGGCGAAGUAUAAGCACUGGAUGGGGCUGCCCUUUUCGGGUUUUCAUUCCUCGUUUAGCACAUCGUAAGCUAAUACAGUUUCGUUUAUGUUGCUGGGCUUUGGAGGCAAACAGAGCAUGAAGGGGCAAGUACCAUGUCCCCAGGGGGCAGCGGUUUUGCCACUGUUGUGGUACUAAUAGCCGAAUUGAGGAUGAAAAACACGUGUUAUUGGAAUGCCCAGCCUAUAAUGAUAUUCGUGCUGAAGAGGGAUUCGAUCAUCAACAGAGCAUGUUGGAGGCCAUGCAAUGGGAACCCGCACGUCUGGCGAGGAUGUUGGAACGUAUGUGGGCUCACCGAAACUCAAUACCCCCUUUGGACGCUAAUCCGGGCUGAUGUGCGGUGUUUUUCCUUUUCUCCGUGGCUUUUAGGCGUUGUAGUAUUGCCCUUGGGCCUUCGGCUCGUAUGGGUAGUCUUACAGGUAUGGGGUCACGCACCCCCCAACCAUGUAACACACACACAC